AUGUGUGUCAAUUCAUCGUUCCUGGCUAAUUGCAGAAUAAGAGCUUUCGGGAUAUUGAAGACACAAUUCAGAUCGUUCUCCUUAAAUAAUAAGACUAGUAACCCUCAGAAUUUCACAGACUAUGAAUCUAUCAAACAGCAGUACAAGCCACAAGUGCCAGAAUACUUCAAUUUUGCAAGUGAUGUCCUCGAUAAGUGGAGUGAAAUGGAAAAGGCUGGAAGCAGAGAUUCAAACCCUGCAUUUUGGUGGUUGAGUGAACAUGGGCAAGAGGUGAAAUGGACCUUCCAGGACCUUGAAGUCUACUCCAAAAAGGUGGCCAACAUCCUGUCAGGAGCCUGUGAUCUACAAUUGACUGAUCGAGUUAUUAUUAUCCUGCCACGGGUUCCGGAAUGGUGGCUUGUAAACAUAGCAUGCAUGAGAACAGGUACUGUACUGAUUCCUGGCACAAGCCUGCUAACAGCCACAGACAUAUGUCACAGACUGCAGGCCUCCAAAGCAAAAUGCAUAAUUACAAAUGACAGCCUGGCAGAUGCUGUAGAAUCAGUGGCAUCCAAGUGCCCUUCUCUCAAAGCAAAGGUGACUAUAUCACAUAAACACAGAGAGGGAUGGAUGAGCUUCCAAGAUCUUUUCCGAAAUGCAUCAGAUGACCACAAGUGUGCAAAUACCAAGAGUUUGGACCCAAUGGCCAUUUUCUUUACCAGCGGAACUACGGGACCUCCAAAAAUGGCCUUACAUACCCACUGCAGUUAUGGAAUGGGUCUUGCAGUGAAUGGAAGGUACUGGUUGGACCUCACUCCUUCAGAUGUGAUAUGGAAUACCUCUGAUACUGGCUGGGCUAAGUCUGCAUGGAGCAGCAUCUUUUCGCCAUGGAUUCAAGGAGCCUGUGUUUUUGUCAUUCAGAUGCCACGGUUUAAAGCAAAAAAUGUAUUGGAAGUUUUAUCCAAGUAUCCAAUAACAACCUUCUGUUCUCCACCUACUGCAUAUCGUAUGCUUGUACAGAGUGACGUUAGUAGUUACAGAAUCAAAAGCCUCCAGCACUGUGUGAGUGCUGGUGAGCCCCUUAACCCUGAGGUACUGGAGAAAUGGAAAGAACAGACAGGCUUAGACAUAUAUGAAGGAUAUGGCCAGACCGAGACUACCUUGAUCUGUGCAACAUUCAAAGGCAUGAAAAUUAAACCUGGUUCAAUGGGGAAGCCAACUCCAGCAUUUAAUGUACAGAUUAUUGAUGAGAAUCGCAAUGUGGUUCCUCCUGGAGUGGAAGGUGAAAUUGCCAUUCAACUGAAGCCUGUUAGACCACUCGGCCUCUUUUCUGGAUACAUUGAUGAUCCACAACAAACUGCUGCAGUCCUACGAGAAGACUAUUUUCUGACUGGAGACCGUGGUCUGGUGGAUGAGGAUGGAUACUUCUGGUUUCUUGGAAGAUCAGAUGAUAUAAUUUUAUCGGCUGGGUACCGUGUUGGACCAUUUGAAGUAGAAAACGCAUUGAUGGAGCAUCCAGCUGUGGCAGAGUCUGCUGUGGUUAGCAGUCCUGAUCCUGUCAGAGGAGAGGUUGUGAAGGCAUUUGUCAUUCGAAGUUCUGUUUAUACCUCACAUGAUCCUGACAAGUUAAUUGAAGAAUUACAAGAACAUGUUAAGAAAGUCACAGCACCGUAUAAAUACCCAAGAAAGAUUGAAUUUGUGAAGCAACUGCCCAAGACCAUUAGUGGGAAAAUCAAAAGAAAUGAGUUACGAAAAAAAGAAUGGGAAAAAUAA